AUGGGCGUAAACAAAUUGGGAAAAAUAGAAAUUCUUAUCACUCACAAGCCACUAAUUAAGAGCUUUUAUUCGGUUUGCCCCGAGAUCUUAAGCUACCACAUUGCAAAACGUUGCACAAAUAAUGUAGUGGUAGAUCCCUUUUGUGGUGCAGGUGGAAAUGUCAUUCAAUUAGCCAAAAUGUGUAAAAGAGUUAUAGCGAUUGACAUCGACCCGGAGAAGAUCAAGUUGGCGCGGCAUAAUGCUAAGAUAUGCGGUGUUGAGGACAAAAUCCAGUUUAUGGUCGGCGACUUUUUUUCGAUUUAUAAGACGAUUAAAGCAGAUGUAUUGUUUAUGUCUCCGCCGUGGGGAGGCCCCGGAUAUGCAGUCAAUAAAAUUUAUAGCUUAAAGUCGAUGUGUCAAAGUCAUUUUGGAGGAGGUUUCGAUAUUUUUAAACUUGCCAAAACUGUUGCACCAAAUAUUGCAUUCCACAUGCCAAAAAACACCGACAUAUCAGAAUGUUUACGUUUGGCACAAGAUUUCGGGAAAGUUGAAAUUCAACAAAAUAUCAUUAAUGGUAAAUUGAACUCAAUCACGGCGUUUUACGGAAACUUUAAUUGGAGUAACUGACAGUUGUCGUUACUCCAAUUGUAAACAUUGUUUAUAUUAUAUUUCUUAAUUAUUAUGCUUUUUCGUUAAAAAUACCGUUUCUUCGUUUUUUCUUCGUAAUUAUUUUACCGUGUAUAUUAUUUUGGAACAA